GUUGAGCCGAACCAUCACAAGACAUGGCCGUUUAACGGUUUAAUGGCAGACCGGGUAUUAGAUUGUUUCUAGUUUGAGGAAUAAAUUAGAUACCAAUUUCCUGGGGUAUGUAAAACUUUACUAAGAGAAUCUCACUCCUGAAUGAUCUGAAUGAUAGCUUAUAUGAGUGAAGAGUAUUAAAAACUCUAACUCUAGGAUAUUCCUAGGCCUACAGAAAGAAGAGGCAGUAGGAAGACACAGUAACUGGGAAUAUCAAAAUGCGGCCAAUACUGCGACAAGCUGCCGCAGUGCCGUUCGGUUCUAGAUCAUGGCAUGGGCUAUCAAGAGCAGGCAAAGUAAAUGCUCGACUACUGCAAUCUGACAUUACGGCCACCCCUCGGCCAGCAACGCGGAAGCCUGUUCAGUUAUCGAGAAUAUACAAUGCUUGUCUCCAGAUGCGAAGGUACAGCAGUAGCGUUGCUACAACUACCGCUACACCACUAGUGGAAGAAGUCAGGAGCAAGGCAAAGCGCUCAGGUCCGCUACAUAUCUUAUUCUGCGGCUCCGACGAAUUCAGCUGCGCUGCGCUCGAAGCGCUGGACAAGGAACGCAGACGCAACCCGGAACUCAUCCAGAGCAUCACCGUCGUAGCCCGGCCGACUAAGAUGACGGGGAGAGGAAACCAGAAACCAAAGUCUCCACCGAUUGUAGCCUUGGUUACGAAGCUAGAACUCCCAAUCCACAGGCUAGAUACUUUUACAGGAUGGGAUAUGCCCCGAAAAACCAACCUCAUAAUCGCCGUAUCCUUCGGGCUCUUCGUCCCCCCGCGCCUCCUCCGCCAAGCCGAGUACGGCGGACUUAACCUGCACCCGUCUUUCCUCCCGGACCUCCGCGGCCCGGCCCCCAUCCAGCACGCCCUGCUCGCCGGCCGCACCCAGACCGGCGUCAGCCUGCAGACCCUCGACGAGAAGGCCUUCGACCACGGCCUGGUCCUCGCGCGCACGGCUCCCGUGCCCAUCCCCCCGCACGCCACCUCCUCGGACCUCCUCGCCACCCUCACCCCCCUGGCCGCGGCCCUGCUCGUCCGCGGCCUCCGGGACGGCGUGCACGUGCCGCCGCGCGAGGAGACGGCCGAGCACGCCGACGCGCUGCGGAUCAGCCUGGGCGAAGGGCCCGACGGGGCGCCGAACCGGAUCGCGCACGCGCCCAAGAUCACGGCGCGGGACCGGCAGGUGCGCAUGGCGAACGUCGCGCAGCUGAGCCGGCGGCAGCGGGUGCUGGGGCGGCAGUGGUUCUGGGUGCGCAACAACGAGGGGGCGCGCAAGCGCGUGAUCAUCGAGGAGGUGGCGGGCGAGGACAUGGGGCUCGUGGGGGUGAAGAUCCCGGUGACGCUGACGCUGCGCACGGGGGCGCCGUCGGCGUCGGGGUUGAGCCUCGACAGGAAGUCGUGGAUGAUAGUGCGCCGCACCUCGGAGACGUUCAUGAUGAAGAGCGCUGUGGGGAUGUGCGUGCCGCGGCUGGUGCGUCUCGAGGAGGGAGACGAGGAGGGUAGUGGUGCUAGUAGUGGUGGUGAUGAUGAUAAUAGCAGUAGUAGAAUCAUCCUCGGUAAGAACGCGGACGGCACCGAGGAAACGUUCCUCGUGGUAUGGGUUUCCGACGAGGUCAAGAACGUGGUUUACAUAGGAGCCCACCGCAUCGAGAAGAUGAAGGUUGAGGGCGAGUUCACGAAGGCGGCGCGGCGGGCAUUACUGGGUUCCAUCAUUAGGUUGGAGGAUGUUAAAAUCGAAGAAUAAUUGUCGAAGAGGUCUUAGAGGAAAAAGGCGUUUCGGUUGAUCAAAUAUUGGAUAUACCUAGGUAGGAAAAGGAUUCCUGUCCGAGUUGAUCCGAGCAGUUUAACCAGAGCGCAGGAUUGGCGAACAUGGCAUGGCUCGGACGGGUUCGGGUAGUUCGUAUCAUCCUAAUACUAUAUAUGCCCGUUUUGCAUCUUAAAACUCUUGUUUUAGUAGAAAAAAACAAGCGGACGAAGGUAGUUACAAAUGCAACUCAUAGUCGAAAUAAUUGACGGUUAGCUAGCAUAAACCUGUACAUUGUCAAAAUAGUCAUACAACAAGACAGACGCUAAGUAAUGAGAGAUGAUUGAACAGAGAUUUGAUAGUACAUAGGCAUUUAGUCUAGUUCCUUGCAAGACUGAUAGCGACAUAUGAUGUUAAUAAUAAUAAUACAUUAGUGAUAGGUUUUGUUCCAUCAAAUAGCCGUCAUAACAAAAUUGCGCCGCCCACCGAAUCUUGUCCCAAUACAUAAGGUAGGUACCUAGGUAGGUAGCGAACACGAAAGGAC